AUGUCCGAAGUUCCAAAGAAAGGCGAUACUGCGCCCGAUGUGCAUGAUCCCCAUGUGCAGACCGACAAAACCAAAGUGGAUUUUGCGCCUACCAGUGCUACCCCGGCAGAAUUUAAAUUUUAUCCCGAUAACCCGGAAUCUACGUUGAAUAAGUAUAGGUUUUCGGCCAAAGACGCCAGCAGAUUUUUCGAUCCGUGUCAAGAGUCAGCAAACAUGAGCACUAGAUGUUUGGAGACGAACGACUACGAUCGCGACAAAUGUAGGGAAUAUUUUGACGCUUAUCGUGAAUGUAAGAAGCAAUGGUUGCGGGCAAGACGUCAAAAUAGGGGACAAUGGGAGUCCAAUUAG